AUGGCCCCCGUGGGAGCUGCCCUCUGGCGUUCGUUGCGCGCUCAUCAGGUCUACGGAGCCAACACUGACGUAGGCAAGACUAUCGUCUCGACAAUUCUUUGUAAUGCCGUCCAACGUCAGAAAGCACCGGGCAAAGCAGCAUUCCUGAAGCCAAUUUCGACGGGUGCGUUGGACGACGCGGACGACCGACAUAUUCAACGCUACGCGGCCGGGGUUGCGACCAAGUGUCUAUACCAAUUCGACGAGCCGGUCAGCCCACACAUUGCGGCUCAGCAGAAGAAUUUUCUUAUUCCGCGCGACGAUGAUAUCAUCGCCUCCGUUCACAAGACGCUCUCCGGCUGGGCUGGCAGCGACGUGAACUUUGCCCUGGUAGAGACCGCUGGCGGUGUCCACUCGCCGGGCCCCAAUGGCAACUCCCAGGCUGAUCUAUACCGACCACUCCGGCUGCCCAUCGUGCUGGUUGCGGAUUCCCGUCUGGGAGGCAUUUCCUCGUCUAUCUCGGCGUAUGAGUCACUGCUGCUUCGAGGUUACGAUAUCCACUCUGUCCUACUCUUCCGCGAUGAUUACUACCAGAAUCAUGAAUAUUUGCACUCGUACUUCCAAAAGAAGAGCAUUCCGCUUGUUCCGUUAACUCCGCCUCCGUCCAAGCCGACGUCACUGGACGCCGAAUCCUUAGCGCGAGAUGAGGAAGCCAUGGCGACCUACUACGGCCAUGUGUCGCAAACUACAGACAUCGAAGGCCUGCUGGAUCAGUUGACUGCCAAGAACAUCGAGCGGAUCGACCGGUUGGAGGCCAUGGCCAGCCGCGCUCAUGAAACGAUUUGGUACCCGUUCACGCAACACCAGGGCAUGGCCCCUAAGGAUAUCACACCAAUUGACUCGGCUUACGGUGAUUUUUUCCAGACCUUCUCGAAGACUGACGAUUCGAGCCAAGAAGGUAAACUCCAAGCUACGUUUGAUGGUUCCGCCUCGUGGUGGACGCAGGGUUUAGGGCAUGGAAACCCGGACCUAUCCUUGUCGGCGGCUUACGCUGCGGGCCGGUAUGGACAUGUGAUGUUCCCCGGGAACAUCCAUGAACCGGCCCUGUCGCUGGCGGAAUUGUUGAUCCAAUCAAUUGGAAACCCGCGUCUCAAGAAGGUUUUCUACACGGACAAUGGCAGCACCGGCAUGGAGGUGGCCGUGAAGAUGGGUCUUCGGGCGGCAUGCGACCGGUACGGAUGGGACGCCAGCAAAGAACAGAUUAGCAUCCUAGGUCUCAAGGGCAGCUAUCAUGGCGACACUAUUGGCGUUAUGGACUGUUCUGAGCCUUCCACCUUCAAUCAGAAGGUGGAGUGGUACCGUGGCCGAGGAUACUGGUUUGAUUUCCCUCUGGUGAAAAUGUCCCAGGGGGUUUGGAAAAUCGAAAUGCCAGCAGACCUCAAGGAAUCGCUAGGUCCAGAUCUCGAGCUCCCGUCUCUGAACUCUGUCUUUGAUGUGGAAGAGCGGGUGCGUUCUGAUGUGGGACAGCGCUACAAGGAGUAUAUUCGGAGUACCAUCGAGACCCUGGUCCGUGAGAAAGGGAUGAAAUUUGGCUCCCUCAUCAUGGAGCCGGUCAUUCUGGGUGCCGGAGGAAUGCUGUUUUGCGAUCCUCUUUUCCAGAGAUGUCUCGCCGACGUUGUCCGUGCACAUCCCGAACUUUUUGCGACUUCAGCCCCCGCAGCGCAGACGGAGACGUCAUGGUCUGGGCUGCCGAUUAUCCUGGACGAGGUCUUCACCGGGCUCUACCGUCUUGGCCGCAAGUCAUCGGCCUCCUUCUUGAACGUCGAUGCCGAUAUCGCGGUCAACGCCAAACUGCUCACCGGUGGACUCAUCCCGCUCUGCACCACCAUGGCCAGCAGGGAGAUCUUCGAGGCCUUUUUCAGCCCGGAGAAGAGCGAUGCGUUGCUUCAUGGACACAGCUACACUGCCCAUGCCGUUGGCUGCCAGGUGGCCGUGGACUCCCUGCGGACCAUGAUGAAAAUGGAAACCGGUGGGUCGUGGGACGAGUGCCGCGCGGAUUGGCAAGUACCGCAGGACGCUGGUCGUGACGGGAAGUCACCCGAGGUCUGGAGCGCGUGGUCUCACCGGCUGGUGCACGAUCUAUCGCAUGCAGCUAGCGUCGACGGGGUAUUUUCCGUGGGAACCGUCCUGAGUAUCGAAUUGAAAGAUCUCCACGGAGGAGGCUACACGUCGACGGCAGCUCGAGGCCUCCAGGAGAAACUGGCGGCAGGCGGACCGACGUUCACCGUCCAUUCCCGAGUCCUAGGAAACGUGCUGUAUCUCAUGUCGAGCGUGACAUCGAAACCCGAGGCGCUGCGCGAGGUGGAAGCUAUCUUGCGGGAAGCGUUGAUUUAA